AUGGACCUCGCGAUAUCGCCCGCGAAGAAAGGCCGUCAAGCUCCCCACUGCAAGAAAUGUAGCGUUCCGACGAAAGGCCACCGGUGCCCGUAUCGAGCUAGGCGUGUUACUACUGCCACGACUAGUACUACCACUCGCCCGAAGCGCCCUUCAAGACGGUACUCUGCUCGCUUCUGCCCGGAGACGGUAGCAAUGGAUUCGCAAGACCCAACGCUCCAGGAUGAGCUGGAGAUGAUUGGGAUAGCAGAUGCGGUUGAGAAAUCGCACGUACGCUUGUCUCGAGGACGAAGGCGCUCCGAGGAUCCAGGUGGUCGUGGACGUGUCAUAUUCUGCUCUAAUCUCCCGUCCGGAUCUCGUGUCGAGGCUCCAUCUGGUGAGGUUUGUGGGUCUGCUCCCAGUCCCGCCUCAAGUCCAUCCCUUUCCUCGGCUAGUGAUACGCAUGUACAACUCCCGCCUUACGCCGUGAGUACUCAUCCACUGGCGUCCACGGGAUCCGAAAUGCGCGACGCGAGCCUCGUAGAUCCCGCGGACAGGCUCACGCCCACCCUCGAAACCUCUGUGGCUGAAGUUGAAUGCCUUGUCUCUGGUGCUUCUCCUGCUCCCAUCACUGUUCAACACGCUCUAGGGGCUUCUGAGCCUGUCUCGUCGGGGUCGCUUGUCUCAGUCGACGAAGUCUAUGAGAUGGUCGCCGAAUGCUUGGUUGAUCCCCGUGCAUCCUCGGAAGGUGCACCGCUGGCACGGCGUCCCCCUGCGAAUGUAUAUUCCGAGUCUAUCUCCUCAGCGUCUCUCGGCUCCGAGGAAGUGCUCGGGCUGCUCAAGACUCGGAUGGCGGAUACUUCGUUGGAAGAUACGCCUCGGGUGAGGCGUCGCCCCGCGAACCAUGAUGUCUCCCCGUUGUCCGGGGAAGAUUCGACGAGUGAGUUUUGUGUCGCUCAACCUGUAACUUACCGUUAUAAUCCAGGUGUAUUAGAUGCUGGCCCCGCCUUUAAUGCUCAUUACGUUAAACAUGAGGACCCCUUUAUAGCUUCUGGGGCCUUGAACAGGGACUUGGUCGAUGGCAAGAAUGUAGAGAGUUGGCAGGCCCGUGACUACGGCAUUCAAUGGGGUGCUCCAGGUGCUCCGUCCGUCCCACAAGUUAACCUGCUCAAACUCCGCGCGAACGUGGCAUGCAAGCCGGCCAAAUCCCCAGCCAAGAAGAAGCUUCCUCACAGUGACUGGAUACAGGACCUGUUCCGUGCUGGUGGUGGACCUGUCACUUGUGUACAUCUGGCCUCUCUACAGGAUGCUCGACACUUCGAGACGGUUGCCCGAGAUCGCGGGGUGUCUACUGGCUACCUCCCUGUCCACGAUGGGUCGAUCUUGUUCCUCUUUACCAGCGGUUCGCCUGAGCCUAUUGCGCGCGUGAUCCAGAAUUACUCUCGUCAUGGGAAGAAGGAGCGAUCUAGGAUGCUUUUGUUAGCUUGUUUUGGUACCCUGGCGUUUGCUCUCGUACUUGGCUUUGCGUUCGCUCGAGCUCGCUUUCUUUCGAAUAACUCCACGGCAUUUGCUGGACUUUGCAGCUGUGCUUCUUCUCUAUGA